AUGACAAGAAGAUGGUCUUUUUACAUGGAUUUUCUGCCAGUUGUUGUGAUUAUAGGCAAUGAAUUUAUUGACAUGGGUUUACUCACUUUGUUUAAAGCAGCAACACUUGAAGGAAUGAACAAUCAUGUCUUUAUUGCAUAUGCUUAUGCUUUUGGUACUUCUGUUCUUCUUCCUCUCACUCUUUUCACCAGAAGAUCAAGAGUGGUUUCUCCUCCACUCAGUUUCUUCAUAAUAUGCAAAAGUUUGCUUCUUGGGGCGAUAGGGUGUGGAUCUCAGAUUUUGGGGUAUAUUAGUAUUAAUUAUAGUUCUCCAACACUUGCUUCAGCAAUUGCUAAUUUGGUACCUGCUUUCACUUUCAUGCUAGCUGUCACUUUCAGCAUUGUCAAAAUCUAUGAAGCACGGACACCUCUAGGAUCAUACAUCUGA